CUUCCGCCAGGUAACAUUAUCGGCUCAGGUAUCUUCGUCAGUCCGAAGGGAGUGAUGGAGAACGCCAGCUCGGUGGGCAUGGCCCUCAUCGUCUGGAUCGUCACGGGGGUCAUCACGGCCAUCGGGGCGCUGUGCUACGCCGAGCUGGGCGUCACCAUCCCCAAAUCUGGAGGAGACUACUCCUACGUGAAGGACAUCUUCGGAGGCCUGGCAGGGUUCCUGCGCCUCUGGAUCGCCGUGCUGGUGAUCUACCCGACCAAUCAGGCCGUGAUCGCGCUGACGUUCUCCAACUACGUCCUGCAGCCUCUCUUCCCCACCUGCUUCCCUCCGGAGAACGGCCUGCGUCUGCUGGCUGCCGUCUGCCUCUUGCUGCUGACCUGGGUGAACUGCUCCAGUGUGAGGUGGGCCACCAGAGUUCAGGACAUCUUCACCGCCGGCAAGCUGCUGGCCCUCGCCCUCAUCAUCAUCAUGGGCUUCGUGCAGAUCUGCAAGGGAGAGUACUACUGGUUGGAGCCAGCCAAUGCCUUCGAGCCGUUCCAGGAGUAUGAUGUGGGCUUGAUAGCGUUAGCGUUCCUACAAGGUUCCUUCGCCUACGGAGGGUGGAACUUCCUGAACUACGUCACAGAGGAGCUGGUGGACCCCUAUGUGAACCUUCCCCGUGCCAUCUUCAUCUCCAUCCCCCUUGUGACCUUCGUCUACGUCUUCGCCAACAUCGCCUACGUCACGGCCAUGAGCCCCGCGGAGCUGCUCGCCUCAAACGCUGUGGCAGUGACGUUCGGUGAGAAGCUGCUGGGAGUCAUGUCGUGGAUCAUGCCCAUCUCUGUGGCUCUCUCCACCUUUGGAGGAGUCAACGGUUCCCUCUUCACCUCUUCAAGGUUGUUCUUCGCUGGAGCCAGAGAGGGCCAGCUGCCCAGGCUGCUAGCCAUGAUUCAUGUGAAACGCUGCACUCCCAUCCCUGCUUUGCUCUUCACUUGCCUGUCCACCCUACUUAUGCUGUGCACCAGUGACAUGUACACCCUCAUCAAUUAUGUGGGCUUCAUCAACUACCUCUUCUACGGAGUCACUGUUGCCGGGCAGAUCGUCCUGCGAUAUACUCAACCCGACCUGCACCGACCAAUCAAGAUCAACCUAAUCUGGCCGGUUAUUUACCUCGUCUUCUGGGCCUUCUUGCUCAUCUUCUCUCUUUAUUCCGAACCCGUCGUGUGUGGCAUCGGCCUGGCCAUCAUGCUGACUGGCGUCCCCGUCUAUUUCCUGGGAAUCUACUGGGACAAAAAGCCACAGUGCUUUAACAACUUUGUUGACAAGAUGACGUACUUGGGCCAGAAGUUCUGCGUAGUUGUUUACCCUGCCAUGGGUAAAAGCAUUGGGAGCGGAGAUGAAGGAGAGGAAAUGAAGGAAGCCAGGUCUCCUCUGUCCAAGGAGGACGGAGACAACCACAAAUCAGCGGACUGCUAAAGUCUUUAUCUCCCACCUGCCCCGAAUAAACAGACAUUUGCAGACGCAUACGUGGGUGUGCUCACAUUUUUACAAUUUUGGUUAGUGGAUUUACUGAUCAACACUUUGUCUUUCAUAUUUGGUUUUCUAUCAAUCAAUAAUGUUGUGCCAAAUAUAACAUGACGUAUUUAGAGUCAUUUGACCUCAAACGUUUCUGUCUGCGGGUCUUUCAAAAGUGCAAUAAAGAAAGGUUAGCGCCUUACCACUCCUCAAUACAUGCUUAAACACACAUUUUUUCAUCAUCAUCCCGCUUCUCUUCCUUCACACACUCCAGGCACACUACUACUGUAAGAGCAUCAUAUAUUUUUAUUUUUAUCAAGAGACUCUUACUCCACUGUGAUGGCUACGAAAACACAUUUUCUUUGGGUUUUUGUUGCCACAUUGUAAAUGUUGCUCUGUCAUCCAUUGAACACACCAAAGCUGUAAUUUUAAUUGUCAAAGCAGAAAAUCAGAUCAAGUCAUUUCAUGUUGUGAAGUACACUAAGUGCAGUGUUUAGUUUUUAAAAGUGACUUUGAUUCCGAAUUGUUUCCCUCUCUUCUUUUGUAAUUGUUUAUAUCAGAUGUUCUUAUGUUAGUUUCAAUAUGUUAAUUUGUUGAUAUUCUUUCUUUUUUUCUAUUCAACACUAUCUACUUUUUUUACUCUUGUGGAGGUGUACACGUGAAAGCUGAUGUGUGAUCUGUACAUUGUAUUGGUUAAUGGUGCACAUGUUUUGUUAAUUGCCUUAAUUAGAAAAUAGACUAUUUUUUGACUGAUGUGUAGAGAUGGUUGAUUCUCAUACCUUUGGGUCGUUUUUCAUGUUUAAGGAAGAAAGAAAUAAGUGGAAUUAUGUACGGACACUACACUGACAAUGAACCCAUUAAAACUGUGCAAGGAAGAAAAAAACUAGAAAGAAUAAAUAGGCAAGACAUGAAAGUGUUCACCGACACAUUUGAGUUGUUAAUGUGAAAUCCCUUCACCGACACAUGUGAAUGCCUGCGCGAAUAACAGUUUUAAAGAGGCAUUGAUUGUCUUACGGAAGAAGUAUAGUUGUAGCUUGCCACUUAGCUGCGUUUAAAUCUUUUUUAUUUAGUGUGUCUUAUUAGAGCUUUACAUUAAAAAAACAUAUUUUUUAAUUCAUAUAAUCCACUAGGAGAGAUGUUAGUGCAGAGACUUAACGCACCCCUGAUUGAACCCAUGUUGUGCUGUCUGGUUAUUAUGUAUCUUCACUUAUGCUGUAUAUUAUAGUACCAACACACCUAAACACAUUGUGUACUCAGACUUUCUGUAAUCUGUCAGUGUCUCAGGGCGACCCCACUGCCUUCUGCUUUAAAUUCACUGCCUAAAACCUCCGGACCAUGAAAACUUAACAGACCUAAGUGACUAAAAUCCAGUCUGUUAGUGCUAAACAUGUGUACUGGUGCUUUUAGAUAUUUAUUUCCUCAGGAGUUUUAAUCUUGCAACCAAAUCACCCACAAAAUAAUAUAAAUAAUCAUGUUAGAAAAGAUGUAUCAAGAACGUGUUGUUAACGUUGGGCCAGUAUUGUGUAGGUUUCUUUUAUUGAACUGUGAGGAGAACAGGGUGUCUCUACAAGUACUAAGAUUGUGUUUGUGCCUGUAGCGUUAUUGUGUAUUUACAGUAUGCACAGAUGUCAUGACAGUCUGUAUGUUGUCUCUUAGUAAAUAAAAACCACUGACUACGUUUUGAAUUUGUAUUUCAGGGCCUUAUUCUAGCUAAAAGCUCUCUGUCUGUAUCCUAAUUCAGUUUUUUAAAUAAUUUCUUACAAUGUGAUUCAAUUAGUAUUACCUCUUUUUUGUCAUACAACACAAACUUUCUCAACAACAUCCUUUCUUUACAUAAAUGAGGCCUGGAGAAGGUUCCUCAGAUAUCAAAUGCUGCGACUUAAUGUGACACAGCAAUGUCAUCUGUGCAUAAACAGCUCCACCUGCUGUUUUACUGCUUAAAAUCUAUUUUCUGUUUUGACUUAUCUAACUUUUUUAUGCUCAAGGUUCACUUAUAAGCUGCCACCUCCACUUCUUGCUGUCAUUCAGACCAAACUGGCCUUCAAUAUGGUGGAAAUAUGAAGUUUUCUAUGUUAUAACGACUCACGUAUACAGUUAAUCUAAGCAGUUCUUCUCGUACAAUACACCAUUGAUAAUAAUGUCAUUUCUAAAUAAUUUUGUGUACACAUUGGUCUUAAAUUAAGUUGCUGUUUGCGGUCUACCUACCAUCCUGUCUCUAUUUUUAGUUAAAAAUCUACAUAUUGGUGUUGAGUGUGCGUGUGAC